AUGAAGAUUCAGUUAAUGCAAGACAUAGCAUGGGAAUUCUCAAUUGAAUGGGAUUCAAAGGCCUUGGAACAGAAACUGUAUACUUCGCCUACACCUGACCAAGGUCAGCAUAGGUAUAGGUCUCCAGUUGACAGCGAUAACAAUAUGCACAAAUCACAUAAAGGGCAGGAUAAGAGCAAGUUCAUUGGGGGUGGGAUAGGCCAGCACCCACUGACGCCAACGUGGUGUCGGAGGGCAAAGAGCCACGGAGGGAAGGAGCCACGGAGCAGGGAUAAACAUAUAUGUUUUGGAAGUGGCAAGGCGAAGACCAACUUCCCCACCCCCACUGAGCUCCAUCUCGACGCCGUCAACAACGCCUCCAAAUUAGCUGUGACGACGAACAUCAGCAACAGCCACAGCAGCACCAUGGAGUCUUCCUCCCCACCGUCCCCGCGCCCGCUCGACCUCACUCUCAAAACCCCCCUUUUGUCCACCGGCGGCGGCUACUUCACCGCCGCGAAAAGCUUCCGCCCACUUCCCGCUUUUCGUCCCGUGAUCUUCUUCGACGCCUUCACACCGGCCGACAGUGCCGCUGCCCUCCAGCACGCCUACGAAACUUGCAGGUUCGACCCCCCCCCCCCGCCCGCCCCCACAUCAGGCUCAGGCCAUAUCAACUCGUCCUCGUCCUCAGUCAUCGACUUCGAGCGCACCUUCCGCAACGGGCGGCUCGAUCUCGACCUCAACCUUCCUUCCCCCUUAGAAGUCGCCUAA